AUGAGGGAGGAAGGAGAAGUCAAAGACGCGGCCAACUUCAAGUCGGCGCUCGCUCGCCAAGACUUCUCGUCAUGGCAUUCCAACCCAUCCAAUGCGCAGCCGCAGUCUCCAUCGGCGGGUGAGCCCUCUGGUAGCGGCGCCAACCAGAAGAAGAAACGACCCAAGUCAAGCAUGUAUCUCCUCUAUGUGGUGUACUCUCAGCCGGCGGACACGGGCACCGGCGCGAAUAUCAACACCCAGCUCGUCUAUUGCGUUGACCAUCUGAAGUCAAUGGGUGGUCCAACUCGCCUGCAAGACAUCGCUAUCAUGACCAACACACCGCUGCUGGAGAAUGCGCUUCUCUUGGAGAAGUUCAAGGCGCACGAUAGGGUGAUCUACAAUCCAAAAUCCGACACCUACCAGUACAAGUUCGACUAUCAAAUCACCAACAAAGCCCAGCUACUCACGGAAAUCCAGCGACAGUCGCGCAAAGGAGGCGGAGUUUCGAUCAAGAUGCUUAAAGAGUCGUGGAAGGACGCUCAGGGCGCAAUUGACGAACUCGAGAAGGAGGGCGAGGUUUACAUUUCGCGCACGGCGAGGAAGCCGGAACAGAAGAAAGAAAGCAAGCCCAUCUUCGUGUUCUGGAACGAGAUCAAACCGCAUGAACCGGGUGGGGCGAAAGUUGAAGAUGAGGACUGUAUCCAAGAUUUUCUGAAGCUCUGGACUGACCUCAAAGUGCCCGAAGAACCCGAUCUGCUCAAGGCGCUCGCACAAGAGGGUCUCCAGGCCACCGCCGCCGAGAGCAUCGCGCCGAAGCCGCCAACGACGAAGAAGAAGGGCAAACGCUCGGCGGGAAAGCAGCGCCAGGCGCGGAUAACCAAUACCCAUCUGAAAGGAGAGAUCGACCUUUCGCGCGAUUACGCGCCUCCACCGAGCAAUCCCAAAUAA